CUUUGUUUGCGUGCAGCGCGUAGAAACCGACAACAAACAUGGCGGAUGAUCAUAUUGAUGCUGAACAAAGCCUGGAAGGGCAUACACCGGUUACAGAUAAUCUGCAUGCAGAAUACGGUCUUACAGAAAAUGUACAGAGAAUACUUGAAAAUGAGAAGACCAUUGUAGAAAAGGUAUCGAAACAGAGAGUGGAUCUCCAGUCCCUUCCCACACGUGCAUACCUGGAUCAAACUGUUGUGCCCAUUCUUCUACAAGGACUCUCUGUGUUGGCAAAAGAAAGACCUCCAAAUCCCAUCGAAUUUCUGGCAGCAUAUCUGCUGAAGAACAAGUCACAGUUUGAGGAUCGAAAUUAAUACCCUAGAGUGGACAAACACUGAUGCAUAACCAAGAAGAUAAAUAAGUCUUGUUUUCUUUAAUUGAAAUAGUUGCAUAUUAGUGGGAUUGUUACAAAUGUUGUUUUUUCUACUUAUUUUAUUUCAUUGCAGAAUAGUGUCAUUGCAGAUGCCAAUUUAUUAUGGAGUUGCUUUAUUAUCAAAAUAAAUAUAAAUAAUGAACAUUGAGAUAAACCAGUAUGAAUAACAGUGUAUUUUACAGACAAUAUAACACCUCCUUCCCAAUGAAUUAAAAGGACAAGGAUCAUUAGGGUUGGAUUUUUCUUUCCAUCUGUAUAUAAUCCUGUGAAAUGUUUUCAUAUUUUAAAGUAAUUUGUUCUAGUUUGCAUCCAUUUCUUAAUUUGACUGCUAUCUUUAAUAUUUAUCACAUUGCAAAAUUCUAAACAAUACACUGAAGACUCAUGCUGUUUAAACUUCAAACUCAACUUCAAAAUGCAAACUAGGAAAAAACACCUUGAAAUAAGCAAAGUUGCACAAGUGAGUCUAUGUAGGAUUUGAUACUCUUGGAGCAGGGGAUGAAAAAUGCACCUAUGUCCUAUAGCCCCUUUCACACUGGCAUGCGCAACCUGGUGUCAUGCAGGUCGUGUACAUGAUUUCACAAUGCUUUUGAUGUAGCAAGGUUGACUUGGGUGACAGACGCAAGUGCUCAGUACACAUAUCGAUGCCCCAGAAGCAGCUUGUUACGGAAGCUUCCGUCCAAGCUUCUCUGGAUUAAACCGUCAACCCUAAUGCUGAUUUGAGCAAAUGAUUCUACAUCUCUGCUGCAAUGUGACUCAUGCUGUGUCUCAAUCAACAAAAAUAUGGCUAAAGGAAUAAACAGAAAUGUUCCUUGUGGAAGUGAAACCUUCACGCAGGUGUAGCAUUGCGUCGGCUCACGAAUGGCCGUUAAGCAUUUUGACCUGCUCAAGCCAGGUUAACCCCAGUACAUGGUUUUACACUACAUGGGAUUGUUACCUAGGUAGCCAGGACCUGGGUAGGAGUGCCAGUGUGAAAGGGGCUUAUGGUUGUUCCAUUAAAGGUGAAUCAACUUUCAUUGUAAAUCUUUCAUGUUUAGCCACCAAUUUUAGACAAAAUUAAGUCAAUAUUAUAUGAUCUUUAUAAAGUAGUUCCCGAUAAAGAUAACUUAAGAGUAACACUAGAAAUUUGAGUUUAUGUAACAUAAACAAAACAUCCAUGGUAACAUUCUCAGAGGUUAUGUCAUUUCACAUCAAAUGGUUUAUAAACAUUUAAAAAACAUAUAAAAGUACAAUGAAUAUGUGCAAAAUAUUGUGUGGGAGUUUCCAUGUGUGUUCUAAUUUUUUUCGAGACAUUGUGCUCGAGCUAAAUGAAAAAUGAAUCUAUACAUUUCGGGCUUGUAUUAGCUUUUUUAUUUUACUCGAGAAAACCCUCUUUUUACCUGACGUCAUGCAAAUGCUGACAGCUAAGGAACAUGUGGUUUCCAUGCACAGGGAACAGGUACAUGAGAGUA